CUGUUCAGGAACUCGUUAUAUAGAACAGGCUGGCUUUGACUCUUAGAGAUCAGCUUGUCUUUCUCUCCUGAGUGCUGGGACUAAAGUGUCUCCUUCUCAUCUGGACAAUUGAAAGAAGAGAAAAUGUCAAUGCUGUCUCCCGAGAUCCAAUUUGAGACUUCCAAAGUCUCCGGAAGUUCCUUAGACAACUGCUUUCUGUUUGAGAGCAGCUGGAGAAAAGCGCUUUUGGAAACACAGAAGAUGAGAAAAGCGUUUGGUCUAGAAGAGCCCAAAGGAUGUCUCAAAAUGCCAUAUUUGCCAGAAUUGAGAAAGAGCUUGAGUUCAACUCCACUAGAGGUUCAUAAACGCCUGCUGCACUCUGAGACUGGGAUCCCUCCCCUCAGGUUAAAGAAGACCAAAGAAUCGUGCAGCAUGGUGGCACUUCAGGAGAAGUCAAAAGGUUCUGUCUUCAGCGACCCUUUCACAGGAGCACCCUCUCAGUUCUUACAGAGACUUUCCAGAAUGGCUAUCCUGGAGUAUGACACGAUUCGGCAGGAAACACACAAGAAAUCAAGGAGAGGCAAGAAGCGAGAAAUCCGCGACUGCUAAUGAGGCCCAAGCCAUGCGAUGCUUUCUUCCCUGGGUUUCAUAGCUCACAUUCGCCAUCUUUCUUUUUCUUUCUUUCAUUCUUUUUUUGAUAUGUGAUAUGAUAUACAUACAAAUGGAAAUGUAAAUAGCAAAUAAAUAUUUUCUGUUAUAUAUGGAAUAACUUGUAUUUUGUUAUCAUGGCAUUUAAUUUUUAUUUUAUUUUUUUGUCUUGUAAAUGAAAUGUUUUUCUUCUUUCUUUUAUUUAUUUAUUUUGGUUUUUCAAAACA